AUGCACGGGAUAACGUUCAGGUGUCUAGUGCUGUUGAACGUCAUCUGGUGUUACCAGGUAUGGGGGCACGCGAACACCGCCGUCGACGACCCCGGGGGACUCACGUCGUCCCUGCUGCAACCGUUGCAGCCCAAGUCGUCCGCGCUGGAACCCGUUGUCGCGUCGGCCGUGGUAGGCGCAGCGCCGUCUGAUCUGGAGACGGCAGCAUCGCACAAGAAGAAGAAGAAGAAGAAGAAGAAGUCGAAAAAGUUCAAAAAGGGCGGAGGGUCCAGCCACAAGGAAGACCAUUUUAGCAAGAAGGGUAAGAAGGCGGACAAAGGUUACAAGUCGCACCACACAAAUCACCACGGGAAGAAAGGCCACCACAAGAAGGCGGACAAAAAGAAGCACUACGCGGAGCAUGGCGGCCACAAGAAGAAGCAUCACGACGAGGGUGGUUAUUACAAGGACCACCACAAGGGUGAGAAGGGCGAGAAAGGUCACAAGUUCGAGGAUAAAGGCGCGUACAAGAAAGGCCAUAGCACUAAAGGCAAGCACGAGGUGCAUAAGCUGGACGAGUUCAAGAAGAACAAAAAGUUCUACGACGAGCACCACGACUCGGGACACCACAAGAAGCACGGAGGCUACGAACACAAGCACGCGCACAAGGAAGGCAAGAAGUACAAGAAGGGUCACAAGCAUGCUGGACACCAUCACGACCACAAAGGGAAGAAGGGCAAGCAUCAUCAUGGCAAGCACUACAAGGAGCACAAGGGCCACAAGAAGGCGGCUGGACACGACGAAAAGUACGGGCACAAGAAGGAUUACGAGAAGAAAGGUGCGCACGACGAGCACAAGAAAUGGAAGUUCAGCAAAAAGAAGAAGCAGUGAUGAUCGGUGUAAUCUUACUGUUUUGUAUACGAUAGGUAUCAUAAUAUUAUUGUUACACCGUUUAUACAAUAUACUAACACGUUAUAUGAUGCGACUGAACCCGUUAGUUUUAUCCUCUCAACCCGUUUCAAUAAACGUAUUUAUCCGAUCAUAUCAUCCGAUCGUUUUCUACGCGGCAGCCCUAUAAUAGCUAUUCGAAUGUUUCGAGUUCAAUUUAUAUUUUAUUUUUAUCUCUCUAUCUUUCUCUCUCUCUCCGUAUGUAUAUCGUUUUCUUUUUGUUUCCCUUCCACUGCGCCGAGUGUACACCACCUACAACGACGUGGCAUACGUCCGCGAUGUCGCGAUAAUAAAUAUAAUCGAAAAACUUUCUGAUACCCCACAUGAUCGUUAUUGUUCUCAAUGCCCGUGGUAAAACUACUUAAACAGACACGGCAACUUACACGUAUACACACACACACACACACACACACACACACACACACACUCACCCCACACACAUUCAUAUUCACGCACCGAUAUUUACCUAUACGUAUAUGUAUACGUAUACCUAUACGAUCGGAGUUUUAAAAAAACAACACACUACGAUAAUUUAU